AUGAAGUUCAACACCGCUUUGAGUGCUGCUGGAGUCAUACUUCUUUACAUAGCAGAUUCCCUCUGCCAGUUAGAUGUAUGUGGUCAAGCCCCUCUUAGAGACAGGAACAGGAUUGUUGGAGGGGAGGAUACGAUGGCAGGGGAUUGGCCGUGGCAGGUCAGCAUUCAUGUCAUCGGCUUUGGCCAUCACUGUGGCGGGACUCUCAUCACUAAAGACUGGGUUUUAUCUGCAGCUCACUGCUUCCAGGAGAUCCGUCCACCUUACAUUGAGAUGUACUUUGGUCGUUUGAAACAAUCCGGCUCAAACCCUUAUGAGGCGUACAGGAGAGCAAGUCGAACCAUCAUCCAUCCUAACUAUGACAGUUUUACUUUUGACAACGACAUAGCACUGAUCCAGCUCUCCUCCUCUGUGUCUUUCUUUCAUAACAUUAGGCCGGUCUGUCUGGCCGCUGCUAAUAGUAAAUUUGCUGCAGGUACAGAGAGCUGGGUCACUGGAUGGGGCAAACUACAAUCUGAAGGCACCAAUCUUUCUGAUGUACUGCAGGAGGUGAUGAUACCAAUUGUGAGCAACAGUGACUGUGAUAAUGCUUAUGGAGGGAUCACAAGAAAUAUGAUUUGUGCCGGAUCGUUAAAUCAGGGAGGAAAAGAUGCAUGUCUGGGAGACUCUGGAGGUCCAAUGGUCAGUAGGAACGGCCCCCGGUGGAUUCAGUCCGGAAUUGUGAGUUUUGGUAGUAAAGACUGUGCUAAAUCAAAAUAUCCUGGUGUGUACACCAGAGUCUCUCAGUACCAGGACUGGAUCCAGUCUAACACAAACAUCAACCCAACUGGAUUUGUUGUAUUCAAUUCAACAUCCAACUCCAACUUCAGAAGUGUACCCAACCUCUUCUUAUUCCCCAUUUCUCUUACAUUCUCCUUCAUUCCUUUAGCCUUCUCCCUCUUUCUCUCUUCCUAA